GUUAAUAACAACAACCUUCAAUACUACGGAGAGGUUCACAUCGGAGAUCCACCACAGAGGUUCCUAGCGAUAUACGAUACUGGAUCAGAGAAGCUCUGGGUACCCGGCGAACGGUGUCACGGCGAGGCUUGCAUUCAUCAUCAUAAAUUUCAUCCAGUCAAAAGCCAGACUUUCAAGCAAAGCAUUGGCGGCGAGCGCCGCAUGACUUAUGGCACUGGGGAGGCUACCGCCAGGUUCGCUUCAGAGAAGGCAAAGACACAAUUCGGCUGCAAUAAUGCAGCCAAUGCAUUGAACGAGUCCUUGGCCGCAGCCAAUCGUGAGCUGUCUGCAUUUCUGGCUGGUAGGGGGUUCCAAAGUGACGGAGAGGAUCUGCAAGCAUUGCGGGGAGCCGUUGAGGAUCAGUACAAUACCAACGCUCAGCUUGAGAGGGAGUUAGAGCAGGUUAGAGGAAUGCUUGAGGACGAAACUGAG